GUGGCUGGAUCACUAAGAGGUUCUGUCCCCCCCUUCUCUCCCUUCCAGAUCCCAGCCCAGAACUUCCAGAACAGCAAAGACCACAAGUUUGUCACCAUUCAGGCCAAAUUCGGCCAGGAAAAAAUAGAGAAAGUGGUGCUGGUGACUCUUCACAGUGGCUACCUAUUCAUCCAGACGGACAAAACCAUCUACACUCCUGGUUCCACAGUUCUGUACCGGAUUUUCACUGUGGGCCAUAAGCUUCAACCUCUGCCCAAAACCCUGACUGUCAGCAUCCAGUCUCCUGACGGUGUCAUCAUCAAGAAGGAACCCCUGUCCUCUGAGAACAAGAAUGGCAUCUUGGGUCUGGCCUGGAAUAUUCCCGAGCUUGUUGUCAUGGGACAGUGGAAAAUCAUGGCUGCUUAUGAUGACUCUCCCCAGAAAACCUUCUCCACUGAAUUUGAAGUGAAGGAGUAUGUGCUGCCAAGCUUUGAGGUAAAGCUGCAUCCAGAGGAAAAAUUCUUCUACAUUGACAAUCAUGAAGGUCUGAGAUUCUCUAUCACAGCCAGGUUCCUUUAUGGAAAGAUGGUGGAUGGUACUGCCUUUGUAAUCUUCGGGCUCCUGGAAGAUGGAAAUAAACAUAGCAUUCCUGAAUCACUCCAGCGAGUUAUAAUUGAGGAUGGCAGUGGAGAUGUUACUCUUUCCCGGGAUGUUCUGCUCAAACAGUUCCCAGGCCAGAACUUGGUGGGAAAGUUCUUGUAUGUGUCAGUCACAGUUAUCCUGCAGACUGGGAGUGACAUGGUGGAGGCAGAAUACACUGGGAUCCCAAUCGUGACAUCUCCUUACCAAAUCCACUUCACCAAGACUCCUUCACACUUCAAACCAGCUAUGCCUUUUGAUCUCACGGUAUUUGUGACCAAUCCAGAUGGAUCUCCAGCUUCUGGUAUCCCGGUGAUAGCCCCAAACUUUCAAGUUCAGUCUUUGACUCAAGCCAAUGGUCUGGCCAAGUUGAGAAUCAACACACCCAAUAACCUUGAUCCUUUGCCCAUUACAGUAAGUGAUUUGGGGGACCCAUAGGAUUCUGGGAUUCCAUCCAUUAUUGGGGUUCUUCAUUUGUAUAAUCAGGGUCUAAAGAUAAAGUUUUAUCUUUUGCCUGAAACAAGAGACUUCUGUUACUUGUCUAAUUGGGGCUGUACUCACAUAGAACCGAGGUUCAUGGUUUGGAGAAAAUAGUGGUCUAUAUAGUUUUUAAAAAUUCUUAUUAAUAUCUUUUGUUUUUACAUCUUCUUCAUUUGCCAAUUCCUUUCUCCACUCCCUCUCAAAGAACUAGCUCUUAUAUUAAAGAAUUUUAAAAAGGAGAAAAGGAAAACCUUUAGCAAAACUAACCAAUAUAGCAAAAAAAAAAAAAAAAAGUCUGCUAUUAAAAGCAAUGUUCCAUAGCCCUGGUCCCUCAUCUGUGCAAAGAAACAGGGAAAAUGUCUUCUCACAUCUCUCUGGGGUCAAGCUUGGUCAUUAUAAUUUCACAGCAUUCAGUUUCAGUUGUUUUAUUGCUGUCUAUUUAGAUUGUUAGGUUGUAUAUUUAUCAUUGUAGAUAUAUUUACUAUAUUUACUAUAAUAGUAGAUAUUUUACUGAUUCUGCUUAUUUCACUUUGCAUCAGGUAUCUGCCUGUAUGUCUCUAUAUUCA